GCCGCUGAGCCGGGAGCGCGUCCUCUGCCUCUUCGACGUGGAUGGGACCCUCACGCCGGCUCGCCAGAUUGACAUGCAUAGCGCUGCCAGUGCUCUCACUUCUGCCCUGCUACGACCUUUGCUAUCCCUGCAUCCUCCCACGCUGUUCUUCCAAUGCGUCGUGAUCUGAACGUGCUGCAUCCCCUGCUAUUCCCAUCCCAGGCCUCCCCCCAAGCAGAGGUUUCUUAAAGCUGCCAAUUCAGUAUGCUUAUAUGGUGCUGUAGACUGAUGUGUCUCAGCCUUAUCUUAAACCAUAAUGCUCCUUUCAUAGGCAGCCAUCCCAAGGUGUCAGCCCAGCUGGUUGGACACACAGAGUUGUUCUGGUAAUAUUUGAUGAAGGAGAUCUGGCCACCAUCCUAGUGACCUGCACAUUUGCCCCUCCCACAGCCCGCAUAGGGGCACCUUUUUGGUUAUAUCGAGGACAAAAUCUUUACAUCACCUAGAGACAAGAACAGUCUAGAUGUCAGGGUCUAACAGCCUCUUAGGGACUGGGUAUGUCUACACUGCAGUUAAAUACCCUGGGCUGAUUCAUGCCCACUGCCUCAGACUUGCAGGGCUCCAGCUAAAGGGCUGCUUAAGUUAUGGUGUAGACAUUCAGGCUGCCCGAGUUUUCAGACCCUACCACUUUCUCUAGGUCAACCAUCUACACUGCAGUUAAACAGACCCUUAGCUCGAACCCCUUGAGCCCAAGUUGGUUUGCACCAGCCAGCCACAGGUUUUUAAUUGCAGCAUAGAUGUAUCUUUUGGGGUUAAAUCUCCUCCCUGCAUCCUAGUUAUUUUGGCUUUUGGGGAAAUAGAAAAAAUCUGAUUAAUAUGUCAAAGUUCCUUUCAGUUGCUGCCUGCUGUAUGUUUGUUAUGCAAUAACCAGUUUACAGCAUCUGCUCAGUAUUAGAAGCAGGGAAAGGGGAGAGACCUGCUUUCUCCUCACAGUCUGGAUGCUGGAGCCUUGCAAGGAACAAGAGCAGGUCUGAUGGGCCUAGCUGGCAAAGCCUAGAAGCAUCUUCCAGUGUAAUAUCACCUGUGCUCCACAUCCCUUCAUUCUUAGCCAUGCCAGGAUGAAUUGCUGCCCCUGGCCCUGCAUCCACAUAUAAACCAUUCUGAGCCCCACUGCAGAGUGAAGGCCUCUUGCACACACACAGACUAACUCCAUAUCCCUCUUCUUUUACUGUGACCUUGUCCACUAUGGGACUGAGUUUACCCAUCUGUAUGUUAUGGCUUUGUCUACACUAAAGGGACUUACCAGGCCAAGAUCUGUGUGGCCCCCUUACAUGCUUGUAAAACCUGUUCGGCCCACAACACGUAAGUGCCUUCAGUGGCUUACCUGUGAGCCAAAUGCAUUUGAAUUAGACUAGUGUGUACACGCACAUGAUGCGCAAGCCCAGUAUAAUGGGGCCCAUGAUAAGGGCCUCUGUUUAUCCAGUAGAAAUGACUUGCUUUAAGCAGGGCACAAUAUUGGAUUUACCCUGAAUCAUUUCAGCAUGUAUUGGUUUGAUAGCAGUGUGGAAAGCACCAGAGCAGAGCACAAAGUCCUCUCCCUACUGGCCCACAGUCCACUGGUGACCUUUUGAGAUCUCCUAGAAUCCACUGCUGCGGGCAGCUGAGCUGGGAACUGUGGGAUAGGUACCCAGAAGACAUUGCAGGGGAAGUGGCUGAGAACAGCACUAGUGUGGAUGCAAUGUUGAAUGGACAUGUUGAAAUGUUUGUGUCUAGACCAGCAUCAUCCCACCAGCUCAGUUCUCUAGUGGAGACAUGAUCUAUAGGUACAAACCAGUAACACUUCCCUACCUUGCAAAUAGCUUGUGAGGCUAGAAUCUUGUUUGUCAUGUCAGGCUCUCUGGGAUCUUCACAUGAAAGUGCUGCACAAGAGGGCAAAGUAGCCAUGUGAUUAAAGAUGCUGACCUUUAAAGCUAGUUAUCCUGUAGGAGGUCACCCUAUCAGUCAGAGAGUGAUACAGGAGAACACAAGUCCCCAGCCCAAAGGAAGGGGGAAGAGGAGAGGCGCUGUUGCUGGGUGGAGUCAGCCAUCCAGCCUUAGCAAACUACCUUUAUCUUGGGAAGAUAAACAGAAGGGUGGUGGCAGAGUCUGCUCCUAGCAGCACAUGUAGCCCAACCCUACCACAGUGGGAUGCCUAGCCUCUCCUGCAGCAGCAUGGCUUGGGACUGUAACUGCCCCCUGCUCCCUGCAGGUCUGGCCAGAAAAGGCUUGAUGGGACCUAUGCUGCUUCAGCUGGCAUUCUGCUAAUGGGAUUAGGCAGUAAUGGGGCAACCCUUCAGUGAGAGGGGAAGAGAGCAAGAGCAGGCCCCUGACUGCCACCUCUUAUGAAACUCGUUAUGGACCCUGCUGUCAUGGCUUCAUCUCCAGUUCCCUUACAGUGAAUUCUGUGAUGCAGUUUGGUUUGUCCCCGGGGUAGCCAUCCCUUAGGACACACCUCUGCCCAGUUCCCAAAUGUUCUGGGUAGGAUCUCUCCCACUUGUGAGGGAUUAUUGAUGGAUAGGCACCUCCCACUCCCUUAGUUAAAUACAGAAAAGAGUGUAUGUUACCACUGUGUGUGUCAAGGGGAAAGACAUGGAACGACAGGACAUGGGGGAAUGGGGUGCCAAUUUACUAAUAAUUCCUCACAAGUGUGGGGGGGAUACAUACACACUCCCUUCCUUGUGUGUCUCUUCCCCCUCCACCAGUCCUUUGCUGUUUCAUUCCUCCAUAUCAUUUUUCCACCCCUCCCAGUGUAUUUUUUCCUCCAUGCCCUGGUGUUACCCCCUUCCUGUUCCCAUUCCCUCCCAGAUGACUGUGUGCUGCUGGGCUUGGGAAGAUGACAGCACCCAUUCGUAUCGCCGUGGGACUAGGCCUCACAUGCUGCCAGGGCUGAGCUGAACGCUGCAGAAGCAAAGAAGAGAAGUGUGGGUUGAUGGGAUGCUGCCUGCAGCUCCAUGUGUGAGCAGCUCCCACAUCCCCCUCACAGAAGCCGCUGUGAGAGCAGAGAGAAGAAAAUUGAGCCCGAAGUGGACAAGUUCCUUCAGGAGCUGCGUGAGAGAGUCCAGAUUGGCGUGGUGGGAGGCUCUGACUACUCCAAGAUAGCUGAGCAGCUGGGGGAAGGGAAUGAAGUCAUCGACAAAUUUGAUUACGUCUUUGCGGAGAAUGGCACCGUGCAGUACAAGAAUGGGCAGCUGGUCGCCAAACAGGCUAUCCAGAAUCACCUGGGGGAGGAGCUUUUGCAGGAGCUGAUCAACUUCUGUCUCAACUACAUGGCCCUCCUGAAGCUGCCUAAGAAACGCGGGACCUUCAUAGAAUUCCGCAACGGAAUGCUGAACAUCUCUCCCAUUGGCCGAAGCUGCACCCUGGAGGAGCGACUAGAAUUCUCCGAGCUGGACAAGAAAGAGAGGAUCCGAGAGAAGUUUGUGGCAGCCCUGCAGAGGGAGUUUGCUGGCAAAGGCCUACGGUUCUCUCGAGGUGGUAUGAUCAGCUUUGAUGUCUUCCCUGAGGGCUGGGACAAGCGCUACUGCCUCAACAUCCUCAAUGACGAGCGGUUUGACGCCAUCCACUUCUUUGGGAAUGAGACAACCCCAGGAGGGAAUGAUUAUGAAAUUUAUGAUGACCCCCGAACAGUAGGCCACAGCGUCCAGUCUCCCCAGGACACAGUCAAGAGGUGCCAGGAGAUCUUUUUUCCUGAGAGAGCUAAUGAAUCGUGACUCUGAUACCCCUUUUCCAGCACCCCGCCUCCCAAGAUUCCACAUCAUGAAAACCACCUUCAUUUGAGGACUCUGCGCAGGGCCCUUUGAAGAAAGCUUUCCAGAGCUGGUUGUGAGGGAAAGAUUUAAACUGAGAUGGCGGAGGUGGGAUAGGGAUGGGGGUUAUUAACCUUCCACUACCCCCAGUUACAGGUGGGCUGUGUGGGACCAGACUCCUCCCUGCCACCAAACAGACUCUCUUCCUUUUCAGGGUGAAUUCUCAGUUCUUGGUGGGAGAUGGUUCCCUGCUCUAUUGAUGUGAGGCAUUUGUAGGGGCCAGUCACUAUAGUCUCGCUCUCUAAGCGUAUUUGCACAAGGGAUGUGCUCCUCAUCAGUUAGCACCCUUAACUAGGAAGCAGAGUCUGGGACCCCCAUAUGUAAGGUGUUCUCAGACGGCUUCACACAGCGGACCAAUCCUUAAAGGUGACCUGCAAAGGGUUUUAAAAAAUGAUCAGGGCCAUAAUCCCAUGCUCUGGGUGGCCCUAGCCUCUGA